GGUAUAGUGAGCAGCCUAAUACAGAAGAAAGCAAUAAUAGUGGUCAGACAAUCAACUCGACUCUUAUGAAUUUGUUUUUCAAUAAUUACGCAAACUGCAAUUUUCACACGUCAGUAUUUGUCACUUAUACUUACAAACGGAGUUGAUUGAUGGACAUUAUUACUAUGUUUUGGAGAAUACAACUGGCGCUUCGAAGGCUGCUCAUUCUGCUUUUGUGUGUUGGUUUUCAGCCUAUAAUUGAUGCUCAAGUUCGAUAUUCAAUACCGGAGGAAAUGCAGCCUGGAUCUCUCAUUGGUGAUUUAUCAAAAGAUCUCGGAUUAAGUAUUGGAAGAAUAAAGUCUGGUCGAACACGUAUUGUGACCGAGGAAAUCAACGACUUGGUGCAUUUCCAGCCAGACAAAGGCAUUCUCUCGGUGAAAAAACGCAUAGAUCGGGAGGAGCUCUGUGGACAAACGUCUCCGUGUAGCUUCAGUUUCGAGGUGGUUUUGGAAAACCCAAUGGAAUUAUUUAGUGUUACGGUAGAAAUACUAGAUAUUAAUGAUAAUUCCCCUGCGUUCUCGACGAAAGAAAUUAUCUUAGAUAUAAGUGAAUCUUCUGCAGUAGGAGCGCAGUUUAUUUUAGGCGGUGCGAUUGAUCCUGAUGUAGGUAUAAAUACACUUCAACGCUACAGUCUAAAGCCUACUUCGCAUUUUAGCUUGAAGGAACAGACACAUUCUGACGGCAGUAAGUACGCAGAGAUGGUGCUGAAUAGACCACUGGAUAGAGAACAGCAGGCGGAGGUGAAACUCACUCUGACCGCGGCUGAUGGUGGCAGCCCUCCGCGUACCGGCACAGUGAGUAUACGCGUCAUUGUGCAAGAUGCAAAUGAUAAUGCGCCCAUCUUCACACAAGCCGUUUAUAAAGCUUCUGUGGUGGAAAACUCAGCGAGAGGCACUCUUGUUGCUAUUGUCCUUGCCACUGAUGAAGACGAAGGAAUGUUUGGCCAUGUAACGUAUUACCUCGAUCAGAUAUCACACGCUGGCCAAGUGUUUUCACUGAAUCCUAAUAACGGAGAGAUUCGAAUUGAAGGCGAGGUUGAUUUUGAAAAGAUCAAGCAAUAUCAGUUGAAUGUAAUCGCCAAAGACACGGGUUCCCUGUCUAAUUCCUGUAAAGUCAUUAUUGAAGUAAUUGAUAUAAACGAUAAUAUACCAGUUAUAGCCUUGACCUCUUUUUCAAACAGUAUUCCCGAGGACUCUCCACCAGAAACCACUGUAGCCAUCAUAAAUGUAAAAGACGCAGAUUCGGGGAAGAAUGGGCUCAUAAACUGCACCAUUAGUAGAUCCGUACCGUUCAAAAUUAAGUCAUCUUUAGUAAACUAUUACACUCUGAUUACAGAUGGUAUUUUAGACCGGGAAGCAGUUUCUGAGUAUAAUGUAACCAUAACAGCAGCUGAUCAGGGCACUCCAUCUUUAUACAGUAAUAAAAUAUUACUAGUUCGAGUCACUGACGUCAAUGAUAACAAACCUGUUUUUGAUCAAAAUGUUUAUUCUGCAUUUAUCCCCGAAAACAAUUCACCUGGCUUUUCUAUUAUUUCGAUUCAUGCAAGUGAUGCAGAUUCUAAUCAAAAUGCUAGAAUAUCCUACUACCUCGAAGACAUGCAGCUAAACGGCGAACCAUUAUCUUCUAUUUUGUCUAUUAAUGCUGAGACAGGCGUUGUAUACACGUUGCGCUCGUUUGACUACGAAAAAAUCAAAAUGUUACAGUUUUACGUGAAUGCCCAGGACGGAGGCACGCCAGCUCUGAGUAGCAGCGCACAAAUCAAAGUUCAAAUUCAGGACCAGAAUGACAACGCGCCUCAGAUUCUGUAUCCAGUACAAACUGGUGGCUCUGUGGUGGCUGAAAUGGUGCCUCGUUCAGCAGAUGUGGGCUAUCUUGUCACGAAAGUGGUGGCUGUGGAUGUGGACUCUGGACAGAAUGCCUGGCUCUCAUAUAAAUUACAGAAAACGACAGACAGGGCGCUGUUUGAAGUGGGCUUACAGAAUGGAGAAAUAAGAACUGUGCGUCAAGUCACCGAUAAAGAUGCUGUGAAACAGAAGCUCACUGUUGUAGUGGAGGACAACGGACAGCCCUCUCGUUCAGCUACAGUCAAUGUUAACGUGGCGGUGGCGGACACUUUCCCUGAAGUGCUCGCCGAGUUCGCUGACUUUACACACGACAAGGAAUACAACGACAACCUGACAUUUUAUCUAGUCCUGGCAUUGGCUGCAGUCUCAAUUCUAUUCAUAACAUGUUUAGUAGUCAUUAUAUCAGUGAAAAUCUACCGAUGGCGACAAUCUCGCAUGUAUUUACAGUCCCAUCUUCCAGUGAUUCCGUAUUAUCCACCGCGUUAUGCUGACUCCGUAGGCACUGGAACUCAUCAGCAUUUGUAUAAUUAUGAAAUCUACAGAACCACUGAUUCCAGGAAAGAGAAUGUUACAUUUUCCGAACCAAACAGUCAGAGUCUAAUGAGCGUUUACUCUGCUGGAGCAGAUACUCUCCCAAAGGAGAGAUUCGACAGUGACGACUCUGAAGUAAGCAACACCUUGGUGAGUUAAAAUUCCAGUAUAUUUAAAGUAUGUCCAUUUUAAUAUUUAUCUGUUUUCGCAGUGCUCAUUAGUUUCUCAGCGUGCACUUUCUUAACGGGUCGGUUGGUUAUCCGGAGCUCUCCAUGGUGCUAAUACGGUGGUAUUUAUUUUGGUCACACCAAAGGAAGUUAAUCUCAGUCGUAAUCAGGCUUGGGGAGUAGGAAUACAUGUAACGGCGUUACGUAAUCAGUAUACAAAAAAAUGGUAACUGUAAUCCGUUACAGUUACGUCAAAAAACAAAAUAAUCAGAUUACAAGUACAUUUUGUAAAAAUAAAUUAAAAUUAAUUAAUUAAUAUUAAUAAUAAUAAUAAUAAUAAUAAUAAUAAUAAUAAUAAUAAAGGGAAUACUAUCUGGAUUACAUUUUUUUUUUUUUUUCAUUUAAAACCAGAUAAAUAUUUUGACAACACUAUAUAGACAGCUGCUUGAUUAUAGUUCUAGUUCUCUCUUGCCAGUCGUGGCUCACAUGAGCAAUCUCCUGGUGCAUGCGCAGAUGUUUUGCGCAAAGUUAAUUUGGUAGGAGUUAACAGAAAUUGUUCUCUGAAAUGCUUUUGUUAGGGUGACCAUACGUCGUCUUUUUCCCGGACAUCCGGCCGGGAUUUCUAAAUUUGAGAAAAUGACUGGGAUUCGGCUUUAGUUUCAUUAUGAUAUGCUUAUGGUCUAAUACUGCUUCAUGUUUGCGCAUGUUUGCAGUCCUUUAACCCCUCUCUGUAAUUCCCGCCUUCUCGCACACCAACUGGUCGAUUGUAAAAGGCUUGCAGAAACUAUUGGCCAAGUUCCUGCUUCUCAACCAUUAGCCUACUCUCAGCAAACGCGCGAAGGUGAA